AUGAAACCUAGCGGAACAAUUGAUGGUAUUUUGACUGCUUCUGAUUAUAGAAGUUCAAAAUCCUCAAAAAACAAUAAUUAUCUGAAGGAGCAUGAUAACGAAAGAAAAGGUGAUUUCAAAAUUUUUACGGAUGCUUCAUUAAACAAAGGAGUAAUCAUACCUGCCAGACGACCUGCCUCACCUUCAAAAGCUAAAGCCGAAUUUUUUGCUACUUGUGCGAACUGUAAAGGUGUAUACACCAAGACCAAUUUACGUCAUCAUUUUGCUCAGUGCACAAAUAAUGAGAUUAGUGUCAAAGGCGUAUUAAAAAAAGCUCGUAUUACAGUUGAUCGUAUACACGAACGCGCAUCAGAAGUUUUACGCCAAAAAGUAAUUCCAUGUAUGAAGGAAGAUGCCGUACUCCGAUGUAUAAGAUAUGACCUGCUUAUUAUGUUAUAUGGGAAUGAUUUAUGCUUAAGACAUCGCCAGCCAUACAUGCAUAGACUGAUUCGGGCUAACUUACGUCUAUGUGGGCGGUUUUUGAUCCAUGUUAAGGAGUUGGAUCCGAAAAUAUCCGAUUUUAGUUCAUUGUAUGAUCCAUCUAAAUACUACUUUCUUCUUAAUGCCAUUGAUACGUUUGCAGGUGUCAACGAAUCCACUGGACAUUACCAUAAAGCUGGAAAAGCGACUGAAAUUGCAAAACAUAUAAACAAAAUUGGCGAUAUUUACAUAGGAGAAUGUAUUUUUAAUAAAGAGCCUGACAAGCAAAAACAAAUUUCUGAUUUUCUGAGCUUAUGUAAAAAAGGAUUUAGUACAGUGACAAACAAAACUGCUAAUGAGACCCUUGUUGCUCGUCAACGAGAAAAAACCGUGGAAAUACCAUCAACAGUAGACAUCAUGCGUUUAUGUCAAUAUCUGGACAAACUCAUCAGUACCAACUACGAAAGUUUGAAAAAUAAAUUUUCUUAUUCUGCGUGGAGACAAUUAGCUGAAACUGUUUUGACAAGAGUUCAAGUAUUCAACCGACGUCGUGCAGGUGAAGCUGAACGUUUGUAUAUAUCUGACUUUAAUAGAGUACAAACGAUCAAAAAGGACGACGAGGACUUCCAAAAUUUGAGUGAGGAAGAAAGAAAAGCGGCAAACGAGUAUGUUAGAGUUGAACUGAGAGGAAAACUAAAUGGAUGUGUUCCUAUUCUACUCACACGAAGAUGGCAGAAUGCUCUGAAACUGAUUUUAAAUCACCGAAAAAAAGCAGGCGUCAGUUCGAAGAAUUUAUAUGUUUUUGGUAUAGAUGGAAAAACAGAU